AUUUCUUUUCCUGUUUAAAAAAUGCUCAUCUACUACUUAGCAAACACUCACCCAGUCGGGUUUUUGUCUUUCUCGCAUAUCAAGGAAAUUCCGCUCAUUUGUUUUUUAUUUUUUAUAUUCGUCUUUUUUUGUUCCAUUUUAGCAAAGUUGUCCAUUUGGAAUUAGUGAAAAUAAUAUUUAUUCUGGGAAAGAUUGUUGCGCAAACGAUUAGAAGUAAAGGCCUUUGUAUUUCACAAAGCUUCAUCCUUACCAAUUUAGUUUAUUUUUUCAAUCUUUUAGAAGAACAGGAAUAUGUUGAAAACAGCCCCAAGAAUUCAUCAUCCUUUCAUUCCUACACAAUGCCAAUGGACUAAUAUUUUGUUGGUUAACAAGCAUAAUACAUUCUCUGUCUCUCUGCGGCAGACCUUUGGGUAUAGCUCUUUAAGUGAGUCGAAGCAAAACAAAACUCAACCUAUACCAGCUGUUAAAAGGUCUUGGUUUUCACGUUUACCUGAAAGAUGGACUGCAUAUGCUCACUUGUCGCGUGCUUACAAUCCGACUGGAACAUUCUUGCUUUACAGCCCAUGUACGUGGUCUAUUUUAAUGGGCGCUUAUUCCAUUAAUAGCAGCCUUUUCGAUGUAUCAAAAAUGUUGGCGCUUUUUGGAGUUGGCUCCUUUUUAAUGCGAAGUGCUGGAUGCGUGGUGAAUGAUCUUUGGGACCGAAAAUUGGAUGCUAAAGUAGAGCGCAGCAAAUCUAGACCGUUAGCCAGUAGGUUGGUUAGUGUUCGUGAGGGCGUAUCAGUUUUAGGAGUUCAGUUAACUGCAAGUCUUGGUAUACUUUUACAGCUCAAUCCUUAUACAAUCAAAUUGGGAGUUGCAUCUCUUCUUCCUGUUUGCAUAUAUCCUGCCAUGAAGCGAAUAACUUAUUAUCCACAAGUCGUACUAGGCUUAACAUUUGGAUACGGUGCUGUCAUGGGAUGGCCGGCUUUAGUAGGCGAAGCUUGUAUGAAUUGGUCAGUUGUUGCUCCCCUUUAUUUAAGCGCAGUAUCCUGGAUUGUCUUAUACGAUACUAUUUAUGCUCAUCAAGACAAACGGGACGAUGUGAAAGCUAAUGUUUAUUCUAUGGCUCUUCGCUAUGGUGACAAUACCAAACCAGUCCUGACUGGCCUAGCUCUUUUUCAGCUGAGCAUGCUUACAACUGCUGGGAUUUGCAACAGUCAAGGACCUUUAUUCUAUACUAUUGGUGUUGCAGGAGCUGCUUACCGCAUAUUUUCCAUGAUAUAUAAAGUAAAUUUGGACUCUCCAAAAGAUUGCUUCAGCUGGUUUAAAAAGAACUCUAAUACAGGCUUUCUAGUAACUGCUGCUAUUGCCUUGGACUGGCUCGCUAAAGCUUAUACCUCCUGAAAGCACACUGUAAUUUCAUUAAGAAUUUGUUCAUUUGAGCAGGUUACGAGUACAUAAAUGUAAGGCAUAAUAAAUCCUUAGCAAGUAAAGCCUCGAACUGAAAUACUUGAGGAUUAUUCCUUUAUAACAUUUUGUAACAAGAAUAGAAAACUUUAUUAAAAUUGCGAAGUAAUAUUUCAG